AUGGGUACACAACAUCCAAAUCUAAAUGAUAGCAAAGAGGAUCUGUGGCAGAGACUCAAGCGACACUGUAAAGAGAUGCAGGCCAAUGCGCAGAACGAACUCAACAUCACCAACUUCUACGCAGAGCUGCACACAUACAUGAUGGCUGAGGAGCACAAGGUCAAGCGGCCAGUCAUCACCGAGAAGGAAUUCAUCGAACGAUCGAUGACACUGCUCAUCGAGAGACUACGCACAAUGAUGUUGUUGCAAGAGAACAUGGAUGAUAACACGCCCAUUGCAUCAUUGAUCAGUCUCAAGAUUGACGAGAACGAUAUGAAAGAGAUGGUGGAUUCGAUCGAGACCUGCCAGACUCUGGAGGAGUUUAGCGCCACACAUGGGAAGAAGUUGCUGGCUUCGGCUCAUCCAGAUGGUGCAGACGUCCAGCCUCUCAGCAAGGAGCAGCGCGACCUGCAGUUGCUGUUCCUGAUGCAUCGUUACACGUUGGACUGCAAGGAGAAGGUGGAGAGGACUGGACAGAGAUUUAAUGUCAUCUUCCUCGAGGAGACUCUGAAGAGCAUCAAGCAACAGCUGCGACUGGGGCACGCACCCACCGAUGGCGACACUGGCGAGAGCAAUGUCAGGUUCAGACGUACGAUCGAGAGCUUCCCCAGACAGACUCGCGCCAAGAUUGAAACAGAGCCAUUCAGAUGUGGAGGCGUCGAGUGGUAUCUAGAGGUGUAUCCCAAGGGCAAUCAAUACUCCAACUAUCUGGCCGUGUUCCUUUGCAGCAGACGCCCACAUGAGGUUCCAAUGGAGGUCAAGUUCUCGGUGGGCAUCGUCGAUCAAGAGACCAAUGGUGUUGUGCUCCUGAGGCGAUGCGUCGACACCACCAAUACAACGACCGCUACCAGAGUAGGAUGGGAGCAGUUUGUAAACCUUGGUCACAUUUGGAAAAAGAUCGAUAGUCUUGUCAAGGAUGGUAACCUGGUAAUCGAUGUCAGGAUAACAUCAUUGGAGCCUUAA